AUGGCAGUGACUGCUGGAUCUGACCUUUUGUGGAAACCCUUGAACCAUGAGGUUUUGAUGCUGACACGGAGUGAUAAGAUACGCCCUAAAAUAUUGGGCCUCAGAAUUAUUAAAUAUUUUCUGGAGAACUUAAAAGAAGAAUAUCUAGUUUUACUGGCCGAGACAAUUCCCUUCCUUGGUGAACUGCUAGAGGAUGUGGAGCUUCCAAUUAAAUCUCUUGCUCAGGAUAUUCUCCAGGAAAUGGAGUCUUUGAGUGGGGAAAGCCUUCGGCAAUACUUAUGA